AUGGCUCGCGCUAUCGGCAUCGAUUUGGGUACAACAUACUCCUGUGUUGGUGUAUUUCAACAUGGUAAAGUUGAAAUCAUUGCAAAUGAUCAAGGUAAUCGAACAACACCAUCAUAUGUUGCAUUUACGGAUAGUGAACGUUUAAUUGGUGAUUCAGCUAAAAAUCAAGUAGCUAUGAAUGCGAGUAAUACAGUUUUUGAUGCUAAACGACUUAUUGGUCGUAAAUUUGAUGAUUCCACUGUACAGUCUGAUAUGAAACAUUGGCCAUUUAAAGUAAUUAAUCAAAAUGGUAAACCAAUAAUUCAAAUUGAAUAUAAAAAUGAAACAAAAUUAUUCACUCCAGAAGAAAUUUCAUCGAUGGUUUUAACGAAAAUGAAAGAAACUGCUGAAGCAUAUCUCGGGAAAAAAGUUUUACAAGCUGUUGUUACUGUUCCAGCUUAUUUCAAUGAUGCACAAAGACAAGCAACAAAAGAUGCAGGUAUGAUUGCUGGUCUCAAUAUUUCAAGGAUUAUCAAUGAACCAACAGCAGCAGCAAUUGCUUAUGGUCUUGAUAAACAAGCAUUAGCGGAAAAAAACGUUCUCAUAUUUGAUUUGGGUGGUGGUACAUUUGAUGUAUCUGUACUUGUGAUUGAUCAUGGUAUUUUCGAAGUGAAAUCUACGGCCGGUGAUACUCAUUUAGGUGGUGAAGAUUUUGAUAAUCGUAUGGUUGCCCUUUUUGUACAAGAAUUCAAAAGAAAAACAAAUAAAGAUAUGUCACAAAAUACAAAGGCGAUGCGUCGUUUACGUACGGCAUGUGAACGAGCUAAACGAACAUUAUCAACAGUCGCUCAAACGACCAUUGAAAUCGAUUCACUUCAUGAAGGUAUUGAUUUUAAUACAUCUAUAACACGUGCUCGUUUUGAAGAAUUAUGUGCUGAUCUGUUUCGUGCAACACUUGAACCGGUUGAAAAAGCAUUGCGUGAUGCUAAAAUGGACAAAUCAAAUAUUGAAGAAAUAGUUCUUGUCGGUGGUUCGACACGUAUUCCAAAAGUACAAAAAUUACUUCAAGACUUUUUCAAUGGUAAAGAAUUGAAUAAAUCAAUACAUCCCGAUGAAGCUGUUGCUUAUGGUGCAGCUGUACAAGCGGCUAUUUUAAAUGGUGAUAAAUCCGACGAAGUCAAAGAUGUACUUCUAAUUGAUGUUGCACCCCUUUCAUUGGGUAUUGAAACAGCCGGCGGUGUUAUGACAACAUUAAUUAAACGUAGCACUAAUAUUCCAACACGACAAACACAAACGUUUACAACAUAUGCAGAUAAUCAAUCUGGUGUUGAUAUUAAAAUCUUCGAAGGUGAACGUGCAAUGACAAAUGAUAAUCAUUUACUAGGAAAUUUUCAAUUAACUGAUAUUCCACCUGCCCCACGCGGUAUACCAAAAAUUGAAGUUACAUUUGAUGUUGAUCCUAAUGGAAUAUUAAAUGUAUCUGCAAUUGAAAAAUCAUCGGGCCGAGAAAAGAAAAUAACAAUUCAAAAUGAUCAAAGUCGAUUAUCGAAAGAAGAAAUUAAACAAAUGGUAAACAAUGCUGAAAAGUACAAAAAAGAAGAUGAAAUACAGCAUGCACGUAUAGUGGCAAAAAAUGCACUGGAAUCCUAUUGUUUUAAUCUGAAAUCGACUGUUAAUGAUGAUAAAAUUGCAUCGAAAUUUUCAAAUGAUGACAAAACAAAACUGCAAGAAACGAUUGAAUCAACAUUGAAAUGGAUUGAAUCAAAUCGGCUGGCUGGUAAAGAUGAGUUUGAAUAUAAAAUGAAGGAAAUUGAAAGCAUAUGUUCACCAAUCAUGACUAAAAUUUACAAAAAUGAAAAUGAAAAUGAAAAUGAAAAUGAAAAUGAAAACGACACAUCAUCAGAUCAUGGCUCAUCGAGACCCAAUCGUAAAGGUCCAACUACUGAAGAACUUGAUUAA